UCUUCUACACAUUGGAAAAUAACUGCGUGCGUAGCCGACACCACGGACGUUCAAACACAUAUCAUAACCCCUCUUCGUUCCGAGUAUUAGUCACUAAAACCUGGAAUACAGUCGCAAGAGUGACAGCAUGAGUAAGAUGCCCCCUAACAGAAGAGGAAUUAAUUUUGAGGUGGGUGCAGCUCUAGAAGCGUGCGACAGCCUCAAAAACUGGUAUGCUGCGAACAUUGAGAAGAUUGACUACGAGGACGAGAAGGUGCUGAUCCACUAUCGUCAGUGGAGUCACCGCUAUGAUGAGUGGUUUGACUGGGGCAGCCCCUACCUCAGACCGGUGGAAAGAGUCCAGCUGAGGAGGAAGCGGCUGCAGCAAGACUGCUCUCUUCCUGGAUUUCAUGUAAAUGAUAAAGUUCUUGCUAGUUGGUCAGAUUGUCGAUUUUAUCCUGCUAAAGUCUUGGCUGUGCAUAAAGAUGCCUCCUACACAGUGAAGUUUUAUGAUGGUUUUGUGCAGACAGUUAAGGGGAUGCAUGUAAGGCCUUUCAUCAAAGAGAGGGUCAAGCAGAAAUCUCAGUCAUUUGACAGAAGUGGAGAGAAGCAUCAAUUUAAAAUGACUGAGAAGCACCCGAGGCCACAGGAACGUGCAUCCCACAAGACCAAAAGAGGCUCCCAGCAUGCCUGUGAGCCAGAGAGCGAGAGCGACUCAGACUCUGCUGAUGAACGGAUGCAGAGAAAGAGUGAGAAGAGGCCUGUUCGGACGAACUCGGCGGAGCACGAAGUGGACCGUAUUAACAUGCCAGAGAGAGAUGGACCAGAGCAGGCCGAGAGCCCGGCGGAACACAUGGGACAGCAUAAUUACAGCAAGUCAUUUGUGAAGACAUCUACACACAGGGAACAGGAAGAGGAGAGUGGAGCCAUGGGGGAUCACGACCCAAGCUCAGGUCUGGAUGACAGGAUGGAGAACCAAGAUGUGGAAAAAAAGACCGAGCUGCCUGAACAAAGGGAAAAUGCAGUUCUGCAGAGCAGAACAGCUGAAGGAUCCCCAGUAGGAGGUAAGCGAAGAUGUUUAGUCGAUCAAAGCGACACAUCGUUUAAAAAGAUCAAAGUGGAAUCAUACUCAGACAAAUGUUUACAUGGGCAGUCCAGACCAUCAUCCGAAUUGUCCAAACACACACUUUGUGAAAAUGGUCUAGAGUGUGCUCCUUUACCUUCAGCAGAAGCACAGUCCUCAAAUGGCACUGCUGCACUCAAGACUGAGGCCCAGUCAGAGGGCUCCCAACAUUUACCGACGCCCCCUGCAAAGCCUGCAAGGAAGCAAGGUUUCCACAAUCCUAACCGAUUUAGCAGAGAGCCUUUAUACAGAGUAAUUAAAAACCAGCCACCCCCUGCUCUCUCCAUCAACCUGGACCACAACCCCUUCAAGUGCAGCAUCCCGGGCUGCGGCAAAUCCUUCCGCAAGGCCAAACUCCUGCACUACCACAUGAAAUACUACCACGGAGACGAAGGGCCGGUAAGCGAGGACUUGAGGACGGCUGUGGGCGUUCAUACCAGAGCAGCCGGCAAACAGAGCUCGCUCGCCAGCUGGCAGAGUUCCAAACGCAGACGCACCAUGGCCCUUUCCCUGUACACGGCUGCUCACAGCCACGCCCACUCUUCCUCAUCUCCCAGACUGGAAGGCUGGAGCGCGGCUCAAACGGCAUACAGGAGGCAGACCUUGGCGCCCCCUGCGGUCAGCAUGCAGGAGCCGCAGCCGCGGGCCUUGCCGAAGGAGAAGAGCCGAGAAAAACAGCAGGACAGAAACCGCAGCUUGGUAGACAAAGACAGGAAGACCACAGCAGAAACAGUAUGUGUGAAGGAUCGCGACAGGCCUAAAGACAAGAAGUCAAGGUCUUUCCUACAUAUUAAGCUGAAGAAAAAGAAGAAGAAGAAGUCUAAGUCAGGCAGUGAGGAGAACAUUGACAUCUCGGUAUUUGGGCCGCAGUCCAAAUCGAACUUGCCCCAUAAACCCCUCCCAUGCCCCGCCCAACUGUCCGAAGUGUUCCGGCGCAGUCGUGGCCGUGGCCGUGGGCGGGCACAGCAGAUACAGGUGGAUGAUGAGGGCAGCAUCUCCGAUUGGUCUUCUGACAGUUAUGGUUGGACUGAUGAUGACAUUGGAGCGGAUCUAGACAUCACAGCCAGACGCCUCAGUUGUGGUUCGGUUGACUCAGCAACAGUUGCCCGGGAAACAGUACGCUGUGUAUGUGAGGUGGCGGAAGAAAAUGACUUUAUGAUACAGUGUGAGGCGUGCAUGCAUUGGCAGCAUGGGGCUUGCAUGGGUCUGCUGGCAGACACCGUGCCCGACGCAUACGCGUGCUUUGUCUGCCGAGAUCCCCCAGGCCAAAGACUGAGUUUGCGGUAUUGGUAUGAUCAGGACUGGCUGAGCCAUGGCCAUAUGGUUGGCUUGCCUUUCCUCGAGGAGAACUAUUCUCAUCAGAAUGCAAGAAAGAUUGUAGCCACACACCAGCUGCUGGGGGAUGUGCAGCAUGUGUUGGAGGUGCUCAGCAGCCUGCAGCUCAAAAUCAACAUCCUGCAGAACGAGAGCCAUCCAGACCUGAAGCUGUGGAGCAGACCGUGGCACCAAACAGGAGCGGGUGGAGUGAGGGGUGUCUUCACCAUGGCCUCUGCCGCCACCCGCACACCAGCACCUGCUGACAAAGGUCUGCAUAGAUCAGGGUCCACCACAGAGCGGCUCCGACGAGAACCCUCCUCGUCCUUGUCUUCGUCCUUCCACAACUCUUAUAUCAGUAGCGAGCACUGCUACCAGAAGCCACGGGCAUGCUACGCGGUGCUGGAGGCGGAGAUAGGGGGCAGCUCAGAGCCACAGGACAGCUCACGAGGCUCAGAGCCACAGGACAGCCCACGAGGCGUUGAGCAGUUUCUGCAGUAUGAGCAGCAUAAUGGGGAGGAACCCCAACCCUGUCAGUCCAAAGAGCGUAAGGAAAGGGACACAGAGAUGCAAGUGGCUACGGUAAUAUCCGGCAGUGAGGAGCCAAAAAGCAACUCCCAGCAGCAGCAGCGAAUCAACUUGCUAGAUCACAUCGAGUGCUUACAGGACGAGGUUACUCACAGGAUGGACUUCAUCGAGAAGGAGCUGGAUGUGUUGGAGAGCUGGCUGGACUACUCGGGCGAACUGGAGCCUCCGGAGCCGCUGGCAAGGCUGCCUGAACUCAAACACAGCAUCAAGCAGCUGCUCGGAGACCUGGGGAAAAUGCAGCAGAUUGCUAUAUCCUGCUCCACAUGAGGGAGCCAGAGAGCACUCCAGCGUUCUUAAAGAACUUCAUCCUCGGUCCAGGCCAUAGACCAAAGACUAUGAAACAAAAGACAUGGCAAAUUGGGUGGGGUGGGGACUUGCAAGAGACUGACCUUCUGAGACAUAUAAACUGGAGAAUGGAAACUUGAAAUAUUUAUGCACUUUUCCUUUUAAACAAUGGUCAUUCUUACCAAUGGACAAACACCAUGACGUGCAAUGGUAACUAAUAAGAUGAUCAUUGUUAAGGGAUCACAAAUAUUAAAAUAUCUGUGGAUUUGUACUCUGACCAGGCCUAUGUUCGGUGUGACUGGCACAUUUUUUUUCAUUCUGAGGUUCCUGUGCUACCUUGUCUUUCUUAGUUGUUAAACCUUGAAACAUUCCCAUGUCUUAACUGAUGGGUUUUGCAUUACAUGGUAUGAUCCAUUAAGACAAUGAGGCAUUAAUAUGAUGUGCAUGGUGGAAAUGAUUAGAUCUUGCAUAGAGUUUAGCAGUGUGCUUGUUUACUUUUAGCAAUAUGCUGGUGAUGGUUUGUACAUAUUGAAAGAAUGUAAUUUUUUGCCGUUACAUGUCCAGACUUCGUCAGAAUCGUGUGGAUGGCAUCAGCCUCGUUUUCCUAGUUCCAUCUUUAGUGUUUUUUUUGUCUGCAUAAUUUAUUGUGUACAGACUCAGAUGUAGUUGCAUUUCUUGUUCAUAUUUAUAAUUCUUUAUAUUUAUUUUGAAUAAUUGUAAUUAAUAUUACUCAUUGUUUGUCAUUCCUAUAGUACAGUCUUUCUGCAGUUUUAUAGCCCUGCUCCAAGACAUCACUCAGCUGAUUAUCUGUAGUGCAGAGAUGUGUAUUAAUGCAGGAACCCCAGAACUCCCCUGUCCAGGGACAUCAGCUCUGAGACUGAGAACUACAGCAAUAGUAGAGUUUGCUGCUGCAUUUACUUGCCAAUCACAAAUACUACAGAGGCCAGUAUGCAGUAGAACCUUCUCUGGUAAUGUGCUGGUGUGGGCACCAAAGGCAUAUACACAUUGUUUACAAAUCAUCUAUGCCACAUUUGAACAGGUAUGUUAAUCCCAAAUCCCACUGGAAUAACAAAAGGCCACGUUCAUUUAUUGCCCUUGUGAAAACUCAAAGUAUGUGCACUUCAUGGGCUUUGCUGUGACUGGCAGAUACAAGACAUCUGAGCCUUUACCUUUCUCAGGGUCACUCUUGUAGAUUUUGCUCUGAUUUUGCUGGAUGUCUCCUCUUGAAAAUGCACUGAUAUGCAGUUCUAAAGAAUAAACAAGUGUGCAGUUCUCUGA